AUGGUGAACAACUUCUCCCACGCUGAAGCAGUGGAACUCUGCUACGAGCAUGUGAACGGCUCCUGUGUUAAGACGCCUUACUCGCCAGGACCUCGAGCCAUUCUGUACGUCUUCCUUGGUUUGGGGGCUGUGCUGGCCGUGUUUGGGAACUUACUGGUCAUUACCGCUAUCCUGCACUUCAAACAGCUGCACACACCUACCAACUUUCUGAUUGCAUCCCUGGCCUGUGCUGACUUCCUGGUGGGAGUGACGGUGAUGCCCUUCAGCACAGUGAGGUCUGUGGAGAGCUGCUGGUACUUUGGGGAGAGUUACUGUAAAUUUCAUACAUGCUUCGAUACUUCCUUCUGUUUUGCUUCUUUACUUCAUGUAUGCUGUAUCUCCAUUGAUAGAUACAUCGCUGUUACGGAUCCUCUGACCUAUCCAACCAAGUUCACUGUCUCGGUGUCAGGAAUAUGCAUUGUUCUCUCUUGGUUCUUUUCUGUCACCUAUAGUUUUUCUGUUUUUUACACUGGGGCCAAUGAAGAAGGAAUUGAAGAACUAGUAGUUGCUCUAACUUGUAUAGGAGGCUGUCAGGCUCCAUUGAAUCAAAAUUGGGUUCUACUUUGUUUUCUUCUAUUCUUUAUACCCACUGUGGCCAUGGUGAUUAUAUAUGGUAAGAUAUUUUUGGUAGCUAAACAUCAGGCUAGGAAGAUUGAAAGUACAGCCAGCCAAGCUCAGUCCUCCUCAGAGAGUUACAAGGAAAGAGUAGCAAAGAGGGAGAGAAAAGCUGCUAAAACGUUGGGUAUUGCUAUGGCAGCAUUUCUUGUCUCUUGGCUGCCAUACAUCAUUGAUGCUGUGAUUGAUGCUUAUAUGAAUUUUAUAACUCCUCCUUAUGUGUAUGAGAUUUUAGUGUGGUGUGUUUAUUAUAAUUCAGCUAUGAACCCCUUGAUAUAUGCUUUCUUUUACCCAUGGUUUCGGAAGGCAAUAAAACUUAUUGUAAGUGGCAAAGUCUUCAGGAGUGAUUCAUCGACAAUUAACUUAUUUUCUGAGGAAGCAGAUAUAGAUUAA